AUGGCCGUCGACGAAACUACUGCACCAUCAGCGCUCGCUAUCCGCAGAGUCACGUACGACAAGAUCCUCCUUUUUGGCGACUCUCUUACGGAACUCAGCAGCGACAUCCAUACGCUUUCUUUUGCCCUCACACCUGCUCUGCAGCAUUAUUACUUCCGAAAGCUCGCUGUCGUCGCCCGAGGAUAUGGAGGCUACAGUUCAAUCCAUCUAAAGCAUGUGCUGUUACCCACGUUACGUGCGGAAACGGCUGCUGGAGAAAAGAUCAAGCUUCUGGUGAUCGAAGUCGGCACGAAUGAUGCGGCUGACAGAGACAUACAAACCGUGCCGGUGGAAACGUACCGCGAAAACCUCGAGUGGAUAAUGCAACAGGCCGACAAAUUUGGCGUCGAGAGAGUCAUUGUGGUGGGACCCGGGCCUGUGGACGAAGACAUGCUGGAGCCUCCCGUGUACAACAGAGUGAUGAAGAACCUGGAGUAUUCGGAGGCGGCGAAACAUGCCGCAGCACGUUAUGGUGUUCCGUUUAUUGAUAUGUGGCACACGAUGAUGGCGCACGUCGGGUGGAAGAAGGGAGAGCCGGUGCCGGGCGUGUCGGGACAUGGUGGAACUGCCUUUAGGGAAUUGCUGACGGACGGUAUUCACCUGACGGGAAAGGGAUACAAGAUUUGGUACGACCAACUGCUGGCGGUGAUUCAAAUGGAUUUCCCGGAGCUGAGGACAGAGGCGUUACCGACGAAUUUGCCAGACACUCUAUGGCAGGAAGUUGCAGUCAAGGAACAGACAGACGAUGGAUUAUGUAUAUAA